GAAGAUCAGGGGAGAAAGGUUGAAAAAUGGUGACGUCUAGCAGUUCGCGCAUGCGCCGUUAAGGUGUUUUUAGUUGGAGUUUGAGUUUGUUUUGCCCGUUUUGCCGGGGAGAAUCUAUUUUGACUUUAGAGUUUUUGCAAUCUCGCUUCAAUAUGAGUGGUAAUGCUGCAGCAUCCCAAGGAGAUCAGAAAGAGAAGAAGAGAAAAGAGAGUAUUUUAGAUCUCUCAAAAUACCUUGAAAAGAACAUCAGAGUGAAGUUUGCCGGUGGAAGGGAGUGUGCAGGAACUCUGAAGGGUUAUGACCCUCUUUUAAAUCUCGUGCUCGAUAACACCACAGAGUUUUUAAGAGACCCCGAUGAUCCAUACAAAUUGAUGGAAGAUACACGCCUGCUAGGUUUAGUUGUAUGUCGAGGAACCACAGUCGUACUUAUUUGUCCUGUGGAUGGAAUGGAGAGCAUUGCCAACCCUUUUGUGGCACAGGAUGGAUAAAUAGAUGUUUUAUGGUUAAGUAUUUAAUUGGCUUAAGAAUUAUCGUUUUGGUUUUUAUAAUUAUCCGUGAUUUCACAUAGCACUCCACUAUGUAUCAUUUAUUUACUUUAUACUUUCUAUAAGCUCCCAGAAAUAUUGUUCUCCAUUUAAGAAGCUUUUUGUUUUUGACUUAUUCUUAUUCUAAAGUAAUGCAGUACUUCUUUUCCGUACCUAGACUGAAAUUGUUGUUUUCUCUCAUUUCUACUUAAAAUGAUAAAUAAAUAGAACACAGAUGGUACAAAUGUAUCAUUAAACUA